CAACAAGAAAAAAAAAAAAAAAAAAAGAAAUGAGGCCGCCUCUCUUCUCUCUCUUUCUCUUCUCUUUCUCUCUCUACUUGUUCACCUUCUUCCAUUUCACAACUGGCUCCAAUCUCAUCAAUGACACUUGCAAAGUAUGUGCCAAAAUUGAUCCAAAUGUGAAGCUCAACUUCUGCACCACUUCCCUUCAAGCUGCUCCGGCCAGCGAGUGCGCGGACCUCCGGGGACUCGGGAUCAUCUCAAUAAGGCUAGUGAAGUAUAAUGUGACAGACACUAGGUGUAAAAUCAAACAGUUGAUGAAGAACAAGACGCUUGAUCCUUAUGUCAAGGCCUGCCUGUAUGAUUGCUUCCAGCUCUAUUCGGAUGCAAUUCCUUCGGUGGAAAAGGCCAUGAAAUACUACAAUUCCAAGAACUAUUUUGAAGCCAACAUUCAGAUAAGCGGGGUUAUGACCAUGGCUACAACGUGCGAAGACGGGUUUAAGGAGAAGAAAGGUGUAGUUUCUCCGUUAACAAAGAGGAGUAACGAUACGUAUCAGUUGUCUGCAAUCGUACUUUCUAUUAUGAGUGUGAUACAAAAUAGGUCACAGUGAUCUUGGUGUUUAUGUAUAUUGAUUGUUAUGUGAUGAUGAUCGUGGUCUCUUGUUUCAUUGAUUUCUAAUGUCUUUUGGUGUUCUUUGUUUCAUCUUUCUUGUAAAUUUUAGGUUUAUAAGUGAGAGUUAAUUUGUCUUCUUUGUGUUUUGGGUGAUUCGACCUUCGGAAAAUCCAAGAAUGUAUAGGGAAGAAAAAACAAUAUGCGACAAGAGUCUAUCCUAAUGGGGUGUUUUGAAGCAAUUUCAAUGAUAGAGUGACUUCUAAUUCA